CUUUCGCGGGUACGGAUCGCGUUCCCUCGCGCGGUCCCCCUUCCUGCACGAUAAUCAGGAUAAAUCCUUGGACACAACGUGAGAAAAGUCAGCGAACGAGAGAGCCAGAGCCGGGACUCAUCACGGAUCAGCGGACGUUUUUGAAAUUACCGCCAGAGGUUGUUACGGCAGUGAAGUUCUCAUUGUGGAGGGAAGCGAUCGACCUAGAAGACAUCGGCAUGUUACGAUCUCACCGAGCAAACAUCACGACGCCAAUGGAAGUGGUACGCGUGCAUACUCAUAAAAGAAGCUAUAACAAGGCAAUAGAUAAACAGAUAGGUAGAUAAGCAGGUAGACGCUAAAUAAAUAUCACACGAUUGGCCUGACUUUUUUUCGAGAAAUUAGCGCACACUAUCGGGACUGAGAAAGAAACAGAUGAGACUCGGUGGAGAAGAGAGGACCAGGAGACUAAUGAAAAUUAGCACAGCCGAUUCCCAGCCGGAGGAAAAGAAUAAAUUAGACGUGAAGUAAAAAAACACGAGACAAAAGAAACACGAUUUGGAAAAGACCGUAGACAAAAAUAUCCGACCAUAAUUCCCUGAAACUUUCUUUAAUUAUUUCCUCGAGAUACCUAACGAUGGCAGAAUCCGAAAGCCUAACGAGAGUCCCGCUAGAAAUCCCGUGAUGCCCUCUGAAUGCUCGCUUACAGACGACGUGACAAAAAUCGAGGUGGUGCUCGAGGAAGCACCGGAUGCUGUCAUCGGCGGCUCCAUGUCAUCGGAAUUGGUGCCCACCAGCGAACUCAAUUCCACCUUUCCCGAUGGGGUUGCAGGAACAGGUGCGGUGGUGGUUCGCGCCGAGGAGGCCUUGAUCGUCAUGCUCGUGUUGGUGCUGUGGGUGGCCGCCAUCGCUUUGUUCUUUAACCGGUGGGGCAAGAUCCGCAUGCUCGAGCCGUACCAGCCGAAAUUUCAGCAGCAACACCGGCAGCAGAGCUGCAGCCUGGUCGAUCCGAAUCCGCUCCAGAUCGUACGGGCCGACCGGCAGGAUUUGUCGUCAGAGCGGAUCUCUUGUUCGCAGCACCGGAGCUACUCGAAAUUCAACAUCCACUGCCUGGAGCACCAAACGCUGCACCAGACGAGCCCUGGUUCGGCGGCAUUCGGCGGCCCGAUCGCGCGGCUGAGGCAGAACAGCGUGUUCGUCGGCUCGAGCGCGUCGCUGCUACCGCUCGGCCGGGAGACGCCGCGGCGCGCCAAGAGCGCGUUCGACCUGCAGUCGUUGGUGUUGAUGGAGGGCGUCGUCGCGCGAUCCGGUAACAACCGCGGUAACGACAACGACGACGACGACGACGACGACGACGACGACGAUAACGACGGCGACAUCGUCUGUAAUAACGAUGACGACGACGGGGAAGAGCGCGACGGCGACACCCUGAGGACCCUGCGCUCCAUCGGCGAGACGUUGUCGCAGCAGCAACCGUCGCGGCUACCGAUGCUGCAGCAACGCGAACGCCGGCCGAGCGUCUACCAGUUUGACCGGAUGGACGUGUUGGCCAGGCCGACGCUGCAACGCGAACGCGGCAUGAGCAUCUGCCACUUUGACCGAACGGAUGUAUUGGCGCGGCCGACGUUGCUGCAGCAACGUGACCGCGGCAUGAGCAUCUGCCAGUUCGACCGGACGGACGUGUUGGCGCGGCCGAUGUUGCUGCAGCAACGUGAUCGCGGCAUGAGCAUCUGCCAGUUCGACCGGACGGACGUGCUGGCGAGACCGAUGUCGUUGCAGCAACGUGACCGCGGCAACAGCGUCUGCCACUUCGACCGGAUGGACGUGUUGGCGAGGCCCACGCUUUUGCCGUCCGGGAAAUCGCUGCUGCGCGAGAGACGAGUCAGCGUGUGCAACUUCUUGGAGCGGAACCACGACGAGACCGCUGGGGGCAGCAGGGGGCUACAGCGCGACCGGCGGCUGAGCGUCAGCAACGUCGACAAGAUGGAGAUCUCGGACAGGUCCUCGUUGUCGUCCAGGGACUUCCGCGGCAGCGUCAGCAACGUGGUGGAUCGGCAGGACAGCCAAGGACCGAGACUCGCCCGCGACAGGAAUAACGGCUCGUCCACCUACCACUUCGACCGUCCGUCCUGCAGCAAAACGCCUGACGUCGUGCUAGGCUACAAGGCGACGUGCGUGUAAUCGCGCGGGAAAGCAAGUCUGACGGCUCCGCUCCUGCGUUUACCGUCAGUGAAAUCCGCGGCGCUGACGAGCGCCGCGCGCGUUCCGACCAGAUUCUUGUCGCCGGUAUCCCCGUCGGCCUUAAACCGGUUCACACAAGCCGAAGCGCGGCUAUGUGAUGGAUGGACCCGCGUCUGUCUGGGAGCUCAAAGGCGUCCCUUCUGCUUUCCUCCAUUUCCUCCGCCGACGCGAUAUGUUUUGUGCGCGCGCGAAAUUAAGCGCGCCGGCUAAUUUCCUUAAAGCGCGUGCUCCAUCAUGGACUUGUACGCAUCGACUUGAUUGCAGAAGACGAGAUCUCGAGGGAAGCUGUACUCUCCCCUGCCGCUGUCCGUGGGCACUUGAUCUUCGUCUAGAUCGUGCUUGUCUAGUCACUUAGCUACAAUAAGAGUCAAGCAGACAGAGAGAGAUCGAAUGCCUGCGUUAAUAGGACAGCUUUGUUUGAGCAGCUUCCUGCGGAGCGCUCGGAGUAUUUCUACCGCGUAGACAUUUCUCAGCAUUUUUCCAGGUACGACGCAGAUUAGAAUUUUCAAUUCUUUUUUCAAAAUCGGUUAUCGCGUUGCGAGAUACUAACCGAUACCAUUUUUUUCUGAACAUGACUUUUCUGCCUCAAAAUGAAAAAUAUAGAAACUUGUCUUUUUUCAGCUUAACUUCGGGUUUAAAUUUCGAUAUAUUUUCAUGAUGUCGAAUAGAAGAUGAAAUAUUUCCACCGGCAAUAUUUUAUUCAAAAUCAACAAUAAAAAUAAAAAAAAAGGAUAACAUUCUAAUGCAAAACGGAGAAAAAAAGAGAUUGGAAAAACUUGGAGUUUCCCGCUGAAAAUCACAUACGGAGAAAAUUCUUUUGAAAAAUAUCAAUACAUAUAUUAAUUCUCCGGAAUUACCAUACUAACUUGUCGAGUUAAAAUAUCCUCAAAUUAUUUGCGUUUGAAGUUGUCUUAACGUGGUACAAGUUGCCAUAUCAACAAGCAAAGUUACGCGAGCGAACCAUCAAUUAAUUGUCGUAAUUAGUUACGCGGUAUAGCACAGCACGGUAUAAAAAUGUCCUUCGUUUUGAGAUAUAUUUCGUUUGGGAACGUUUUGGGAAGCACUUCUAACCUGAAUCUACACAAGUUUCGGAAAAUUAGGUCAGAUUCCGAUUAAGAAUCCUAGGAAAUUUUCAAGAUGGAAUGUACACGAGUCUAUGCGGGCCGCACGGAGAUCGGUCGGCAAGACCGAUGCUGAGAUAUUCAACGAAAACGGCGAACCGCUCACUUCCGCCGGGAUUUGCUUGCAUACUUUCGACAGAAGGGAUAUUGUUUCCUUGUUCGUUCCCUCUUUCCAUUUUUAUUUUUUUCUCUCCCAUUUCGCUGUCCGCGUUUCGUUUAGCCACAAAAUAAACGUAGUAGCGAAACUACCGCGCGUCGAUUCGAACAACUCUGCCGUCUCAUGAAUGAUACAUGACGGACGUUUCGAUCAAAUCACCGGGGAACCUGCCGUUCGUUACUCGACAAUUCGUUAACGGUGUAUUCGAGAGUUUUAAGCUGAACGGCGAGGGAACCGCGGGGGAAAAUGGAGGAGACGCGCGCGCGCGGCGCGAAUGCAGUCGUACGCCGAUUUCCACGGUGAACGAGCGGAGCGGAGAUGACGAUCGCGCGAAAUUGUAAACCGGGUUGUCUCUCGCGUACUUCUUUCUUUUUCUCAACUCUCUUGAAGCGCCUCCCGACGGCCCGAGAUCCCUAAUUACUGUCUUCGAAAAUCGCGGACUCACGAGCGAGCGCGCUCGGUAUGAUGACAUCGGUUCUACCGGGGAGAGAAACCAAAAGCUUUAAAGAACCGAUCGACCAAUUGAUUCCCUCUCUUCGUCCCGUUCUCUUUCCCUCACUUUUUCUCCAUCUUUACACUCGUAGAUGUAAUUAUAAGUGGAGGUCUUCACUCCGUGUCUCUCUCUUUCUCCCUUUGUCUUUCUUACACUAUUACUCCUUUUCGUCCUCGCGAGACGCAAGCUGUCGUAGGAGCGAGCCGUAGAAAUUAGUCUAUUCUUCGGAGACGAGGUCCCGUGUAGCACCUCCUCCGACUCGUAGACGUACGCACGGGCUCUCGCGAAUUGUCUGCACGCGCGAAAAAGCGCGCGCAAGCCGGCGGGGCGCUUGCGCGCGCUUCGUCGUCGGCGCGGCCGAGAUCGCUCGAUCCCGCAGAACUCGUGAAAUCGCUAUCGAGCAUCCGAGCGGACAUCCACGCACGACGAAAGAACGACACAUGCUCAGGGAUUAUUUCAAAGGAGAAACCAGAGGAGAUAACGAAAAAGAAACAAACGUCUUCACUCCUCCUCUCCCCGCACAUCGGAAACAAUCAGCCUCCGCGCUUGUUGCGGAGCUAUCGGGACGCGCGUCCGCUUUUCCGCACAUAAUCGAAUGCCGUUCGCCAGGCCCCGUUAUUUUGGCGAACGUUCAAUUGGCUUGAUUUCUCGAUUAAUCGCGCGCAUCGACCGAUUUGCAUUAAUUAAUACACGUGCUCAUUUGCAGCCGCGCGGCGAGCGCCGCAUCGCGAACGGCGAAAGACUGCAUCGUCACGUACACCAAACUUCAUAAAUGCACUCCUGUUCCCUGAAUGAAGAAGAUAUUCAAUUGUCAAAAGGAACGAUCAUUCAGUAUACUUCUUUUUUUCUUCUUUUUUUCUCAGGUAAUGUUAAUCUUCAGUAAAAAAAUAUUUGCUUGAUAACAAUUUUGAGCUGUACUCACCAAAUCAAAUUUUAGAAACAUUCGUCAUCAUGUACUCGAAGGAAGACUUUAUUUUUUUUUU